AUCACAACCAUCCCCUCAUCAACACUGUUAUAUUAUAAGGUUGCACAAACCAAGCAACGCACCAUUUUAUUCAAACACUUCCUUCACUUCUCACUUCUAUUAAUUUCCAUUUUAUUCAGCAAAAAAAUGGAACUACCUUCACAAAUCAAAUGUCAUAUUGUUGCAAUACCUUAUCCAGGUAGGGGCCAUAUUAAUCCAAUGAUGAAUUUCUGUAAACUCAUAGUCACAAAACAUCCCAACAUACUCAUCACUUUUAUUGUAACUGAAGAGUGGUAUAGUUUUAUUAAUUCCGACCCUUUACCAGAAAACAUUAAAUAUGCAACUAUACCUAAUGUUAUUCCUUCCGAAAUCGGUCGUGCUAAAGAUUUUGCUGGAUUUUUCAGAGCUACUUUAACUAAACUAGAAGCUCCUGUUGAGAAAUUGAUUGAUGGGCUUGGGCCGUUGAAACCGAGCGUUAUAGUGUACGAUACGUACAUGAGUUGGGUUACAAGAAUUGGGAGUCGGAGGAAUAUUCCGGUGGCUUCAUUUUUUCCGAUGUCGGCGACUGUGUUUGACAUUUUUCAUCACAUGGAUCUUCUUGCUCAAAAUGGGCAUCUUAAAGCCAAUUUGUCUGGAAAACUGCAAGAGCAGGUUGAUUAUAUUCCUGGAAUUCCUUUGAUUCGCGUUUUAGAUCUUCCUACACUAUUUCAUGGGAAGGGGCAAGAAUUAUUGGAUGUAACAAUGCAGAUCUUCUCUACAGUGUCUAAAGCACAAUAUCUUUUGUUCACUUCAGUCUAUGGGCUCGAAUCUUCUGUUAUUGAUGCUCUAAAACAAAAAUUUACUAUCCCUGUCUAUCCAAUUGGUCCAGCCAUACCUUACUUCACUAGCGAAAAAGAUCCUUCCUCGACUACUUCUGUCGAUGAACCAGAGUAUAUUAAGUGGUUAAAUGCUCAACCAAAUGAUUCUGUGUUGUACAUAUCACAAGGGAGUUUCCUCUCUGUGUCGCGUACUGAACUGGAUGAAAUCGUGGCAGGUGUGCACGAUAGUGGUGUUCGAUUCUUUUGGGUGGCACGUGAUGAAACUGUUCAAUUUCAGAAUAAUGGAUGUAGCGAAGGGCUGGUUGUGCCUUGGUGUGACCAAUUGAAGGUGUUGUCACAUCCUUCUAUUGGUGGAUUUUGGUCGCACUGUGGAUGGAAUUCGACUAAAGAAGCAGCAUUUUCAGGUCUUCCGAUGCUGACUUUUCCAAUAUUUUGGGAUCAACAGACUAACAGUAAGCAAAUUGUUGAAGACUGGAAAAUUGGUUAUAGGGUGAAAAAAGAUGAUAAAUGUUCGAUAACAAGGGGAGAGAUCUCUAGCCUGUUGAAGUGGUUUAUGGAUUCUGGAAAUGAUGAAGUGAUGGAAACGAGGCGAAGUGCGAAAGAAAUACAGAAAAUAUGUCAAUGUUCCACUGUAAAUGGUGGAUCUUCUGAAAUUAACAUUGAUGCUUUCGUCAAGGAUGUUUCAUCCCAUAAGUUUCAUUGAUGUGGUGUAAUGUUAAACUUGUAAGUGAACAUAAUACUGAACUUAUGUUCAGAAGAUUAUUGUAAGAAAUUAUUGCAGAAUGCAGUUCUGCCCUUGAAGUAGGAUUGUCAGAUAAAUGUAGUCUCAACUUCGAUUUAGUUCAGCUGUUUGGCUAAGGAACUUGCCUUUCAAAGCUACUGAUGGAGUUUAUUUUCUCUGUUUUGUGCA